CCCCCAUGCCGGAAGUUGAUUGAAACCUUCCCAUUUCUUUUCCCUAAACCUGACUCCUCAUUGCAGGGGUGGGCAGGGAAAGUAGCUGGGUAAAGUGAACACUUCGGUUCACCAACCCAAUUCUACCCAACAAUCUGUACUUGAGAUGGAAGCAUCGAGGCCAGGACGAGUGCCGGCGAUCUGCUUCAGGGCCCAAACCUUGCCUUAUAACCCGACCUUCCACGAUUUAAGCCAGGAGAGAUGCAUCCUGUCCCAGCCACAUCAGGACAUUAAGGCCCAAGGGAAUAUUGAUUCAGAUUCCUCCUGACUUCCUACCCUCCAAUACUCAGAUUCCAGACCCCGCCAUGCCUCAUAUCGACAAUGACGUGAAACUAGACUUCAAGGAUGUUCUUUUGAGGCCAAAACGCAGCACCCUAAAGUCUCGAAGUGAGGUGGAUCUCACAAGAUCCUUUUCAUUUCGGAAUUCAAAGCAGAUGUACAAUGGCGUCCCGAUCAUUGCUGCUAAUAUGGAUACUGUAGGCACCUUUGAAAUGGCCAAGGUUCUUUGUAAGUUCUCCCUCUUCACUGCUGUCCAUAAACAUUACAGUCUUCAUCAGUGGCAAGAGUUUGCUGGCCAGAAUCCUGAUUGUCUUCAGUAUCUGGCUGCCAGUUCAGGGACAGGCUCUUCUGACUUUGAGCAACUGGAACAGAUCCUGGAAGCUAUUCCCCAGGUGAAAUAUAUAUGCCUAGAUGUGGCAAAUGGCUACUCUGAACACUUUGUUGAAUUUGUAAAGGAUGUACGGAAGCGCUUCCCUCAACACACCAUCAUGGCAGGGAAUGUGGUCACAGGAGAGAUGGUGGAAGAGUUGAUCCUCUCUGGGGCUGACAUCAUCAAAGUGGGAAUUGGGCCAGGCUCUGUGUGUACAACCCGGAAGAAAACUGGAGUGGGGUAUCCACAGCUCAGUGCAGUGAUGGAGUGUGCAGAUGCUGCUCAUGGCCUCAAAGGCCACAUCAUUUCAGAUGGAGGUUGCAGCUGCCCUGGGGAUGUGGCCAAAGCUUUUGGGGCAGGGGCUGACUUUGUGAUGCUCGGUGGCAUGCUGGCUGGGCACAGUGAGUCAGGUGGUGAGCUCAUCGAGAGGGAUGGCAAGAAGUACAAACUCUUCUAUGGAAUGAGUUCUGAAAUGGCCAUGAAGAAGGCCUCAGAGGGAAAGACAGUAGAAGUCCCCUUUAAAGGGGAUGUGGAGCAUACCAUUCGUGACAUCCUAGGAGGGAUCCGAUCUACAUGCACCUAUGUGGGAGCAGCUAAGCUAAAGGAGUUGAGCCGGAGAACUACUUUCAUCCGAGUCACCCAGCAGGUGAAUCUAAUCUUCAGUGAUGCACACUAGACCUGAGCAUUUCUGCCCGCUCAAGGCGCCAAUACUUCGCAACAGGGUCUCCCAAAUGGGUUUCUCACCCAUUCUAACUACUGUGGCAGUGCAUUUAACAGUUCCCAUUGUCUUCCUCCUGAGAGCUCCUGUAAUAAUGUUAUACUUCUCUGUUUGUACACACAAGAUGCCCAGAGCACUUACUGGGGAGGAAGUGAGGAAGAAUAUAGUCUGAAAAUGAAGUAAGAUAAUCGAAUGGGUAUCUGGGUACCCGGCAUCCUGAAGAUGAAAAGAUACUGAUUAAAUCAUAAAUGUUCUAUAUGGCCUUGGUCUGGAUGGGGCAGGCUUUUGGAAUUAUGUCUUAUUAAUCAGCUUCAUUAAAUGAGAUCUUUAAAUAUC